GCCGCAGCAGACGCGGGCCUGAUUGGGCGCGCAGCCGAGCGCCCGCCGCCUGGAGCCCUGCCGCUGGUUGGCAAAAGGCAGCCGGCGGCCAGCGUCACCGCCCACGGACAAAUAAAUCCAGUCGCUGCCCAAGAGCCUGUCCGCCUCCCUCUUUUGCACUGCAACACCCCACAGCGCACUCUCGCUGCCUGGCUGCCUGUCCCAGACGCCCGCCCGCCGCCCGUCGGCUCCUCCGCUCUCGCGUGCCCCCGCCGAAAAUUUGUGAUCACAGCCCCGCCGCUGGACCCCGCCUGAACACGACUCUCGCUCUCCCACCGCAGCCAUGUCGGCACCUCCCCAGGGACAGGGCGCUGACGCCGAGAAGAACAUCGAGAUAUGGAAGGUCAAGAAGCUGAUCAAGCGCCUCGAGGCCGCCCGUGGAAACGGCACGAGCAUGAUCUCGCUCAUCAUCCCGCCCAAGGACCAGGUUUCCCGCGCCGCAAAGAUGCUGGCGGAAGAAUUCGGCACCGCGAGCAACAUCAAGUCGCGCGUCAACCGCUUGUCCGUCCUCUCCGCCAUUACCUCGACCCAGCAGCGCCUGAAGCUCUACUCCAAGGUCCCCCCGAACGGCCUGGUCAUCUACUGCGGUGAAAUCAUCACCGCCGAGGGCAAGGAGCGCAAGAUCAACAUCGACUUCGAGCCCUUCAAGCCCAUCAAUACCUCGCUGUACCUCUGCGACAACAAAUUUCAUACCGAAGCGCUGAGCGAGCUGCUCGAGUCGGACCAAAAGUUUGGCUUCAUCAUCAUGGACGGAAACGGCGCCCUCUUCGGCACGCUCUCUGGGAACACGCGCGACAUUGUGCACAAGUUCUCCGUCGAUCUUCCCAAGAAGCACGGCCGUGGUGGUCAGUCCGCCCUGCGUUUCGCCCGUCUGCGAGAGGAGAAGCGCCACAACUACGUCCGCAAGGUCGCCGAGCUGGCUGUGCAGAACUUCAUCACCGCCGACAAGGUCAACGUCGCUGGCAUCAUCCUGGCCGGUAGCGCCGAUUUCAAGAACGACCUGAACCAGUCCGACCUGUUCGACAACCGCCUGCAGUCCAAGGUCAUCAAGGUAGUCGAUGUGUCCUACGGAGGAGAGAACGGCUUCAACCAGGCCAUUGAGCUGUCGUCGGAGACUCUCGGCAACGUCAAGUUCAUCCAGGAGAAGAAGCUCAUCAACCGCUACUUCGACGAGAUCUCGCAAGACUCGGGCAAGGUGUGCUACGGUAUCGACGAUACGUUGAAGGCGCUCGAGGCUGGUGCUGCCGAGACUUUGAUUGUAUACGAGAACUUGGAAAUGACCCGCUGGCAGCUAAAGAGCUCCGAGGGCUCGGAAAUCAUCCUCCACACCACCAAGGCCCAGGAAGCGGACCGCUCCCUGUUUAUGGACAAGGAGACUGGUCAGGAAAUGGAGGUCAUCGACCAGAUGUCGUUCCUGGAAUGGCUCGCUGAGAAGUACCGCGACUUUGGUGCCAACCUCGAGUUCGUCUCGGACCGUUCUUCCGAGGGCAACCAGUUCGUCAAGGGCUUUGGUGGCAUCGGCGCCAUCAUGCGUUACAAGCUCAACUUUGAGCAGCUCGCCGAGUACGACGACGAAGACGAAUUCUACGAUGAUUGACGGUUGUGCGCCCUCGCUGACCGCGAGGCAGAGGCCCCACUCCACGCGUCGAGUGAAGGAACGCCGCCUGCCCGCACCCAAGGUCAACCAGACGCGUCCAGGAAGUUCGUGCAGGCCCUGGAGCAGACGACAUGUCGCCUCUCCCGGUUGUAAACGUGUUGAAGGAAUGCGGACGGAGUGUUUGUAAAACUGAUGGUCUACCCAUUCUUAUUGACAACCCACGCUCACUUCCACGGAGAGGCAGCCGAUCGCUACAGAGAAGCUAUCUACACCUCCGCCGAUGCGCAAGUGCCCACUCUCUAUGAGAAUAUCUGAGCGGGCCAGCAACGAUCAGGGGCGAUCAGGCAAUGGGUCAUCUGCUUUUGCGGGCGUUUCGUAG